AUGUCUCACACAACUUUUCCCUCCGACAUUCCCAUUCCUACAGACGAUGGAGCCUGCGAUCAUCUCCCAGGCAUGACCAUACCACCCCUCUCCCUCCCAGCCACCAACGACACUUCCAUCAAAAUCUCCUCUCUCCAAAGCCUAGUCAUCAUCUUCUGCUACCCUCGCACCGGCGCUCCCGGCGAAACAAUCCCAGACGCUUGGAACUCCAUCCCCGGAGCCCGUGGCUGCACACCCCAAGCCUGCUCAUUCAGAGACACACAAAGAGAAUUCAUGACAGCAGGUGUAAACAAAAUCUUCGGUCUGAGCACGCAAUCUACAGCCUACCAACAAGAAGUAAAGACGAGAUUGAAUCUGCCAUUCGAGUUGCUUAGUGAUGAGAAGCUAGACUUUGUGGAGGCUCUGAGUUUGCCGACUAUUGAUUGGGAAGGAAAGAAACUUACCAAGAGAAUCACUUUGGCCAUGGUUGAAGGCAAGAUUGUCAAAGUUUGGUAUCCUGUGUUCCCUCCGGACCAGAGCGCCCAACAAGUCUUGGACUGGUUGACAGAAGAGAAAACUGCUGGUCAGAAGUUUGUCGGCAAUCGUCGUAUGUGGGGCACAUAA